AUGGACUCAACCAAUGGUCCAGUCACGUCUCAAAUCACCGAAUUCAUUGCAAGACUCACUCUGGCCGAUGUCCCAUCCAGUAUUCGAGAAACGGCACUGUUGGUCAUACUAGACGUCCUGGGUUGCCUCAGGGGUGGCUCCCUUACAUCUCUGGCACCCAAGAUCAAAGCUGUCUCCUCAGUCUUCGGUGGUCCAGGCCAAGCAUCAUGCGCUGGAAAGGCUGGCGCUGUUGGUUCGUCCCAGGCUCUUUAUGUCAACAGCAGACUUGCCAACAUCCUGGAUCUUGAUGAAACAUGGCCGAUCGGCUGCCAUCAUGGCAUUGGAGUGGUCUGUUCAGCCAUCGCUGCACUCGAGACGAGGAUCAACGAAGGGCAGAGUUGCAGUGGUAGUGACUUGAUCCUCGGGGUCGUCGCAGGAUAUGAAGUUGCUUCUAGACUUGCCACUGCAAUUGGUCCUAUCGUCAGGGUACGAGAUGGGAAAAUCCAGGAUUACGCCAAAGUCUGGGGUGUCGCAGCACCCGUUGUUGUUGGCUCCUGCGUAGCCUUUAUGAAAACGCUGAACCCUACCAACGCGGAUACUUCAAUGAUAAGUCAUGCUCUCGCCAUCGCGGUUUCAAAUAUUCCUUUGCCAAUUGGCAAUCGAUGGUCAGACGAUCUUGAAGUAGCCGACUGCAAGUAUGAUGACGCUGGUUGGUGUUCUAUUACUGGCAUGCAUGGCGUUCUCUCGGCCAUGGAGGGGUUGACCGGAUUCGCCAACAUCUUUGAUGGCGACGUGGGAAUCGCAGAAGCUUGUGGUUCCGAGAUGGCACGCAAAGAGUCUCUAACGGAGGACUUGGGUAAGCUGUGGUACAUGGCCGAUGUAACAUUCAAGCCAUGGCCAACUUGUCGAUGGAUUCAGGGUCCGCAGACAGCUUUUCGAAGGCUCCUGGAGAAACAUCAUCCCAAGCUUGAGGACGUGGAGGAAGUGGUAAUGUUCACCAACCCUGUUGCAGAUGGUUUACUAUUCCGCAACCCUGCACCUACCACUUUCUGUGGCUAUUCAUUCAGCUAUUCAUGCGCUGCCACAGCCAUGUUGAUGAAGAUUCCACCAGGCCACAAGUGGUUUGAUCCUGAGAUCGUAGAGUCAGAGACUGCUCUGAACCUUAGAAAGCGUGUUCGUGUCGAACGGAUGCAAGGUUCGGAACAUUUUGCCAAGGACAUGGUCCGAAACGAAGUACGUACUCUGCCUGGUGCAGUGAGCUUGAGAACCAAACAAGGUCAGGUCUUCACUGAGAAGACAAGCUUCUCUGAUGGCGAUCCGUGGGAUCCGUCUACUCGAUACGAUCGCGCCAAGGUUGUGGACAAGUUCCUCGUCACAGUCGGGUCGUCGGAUGCACAAACGCUGGUGGAUUGGAUAAUGAAUCUGGAGAAUGCGAUAAACUUUGAGCCGCUCUCGGCUUUUAUUCAAAACGACAAGGAAAGAAUCAAGUCAUAG